CUCACCAAUUCUUUCCUAUCAGUUCCCAGAGCAGCUCACCGAGAUGGAACGUCCUGAACAGAGCAACCCCUGCCCCAUUUGCACCGGCGGCAUGGGCGGCGGCGGCGGGCAGGCCAUCUUCACGGCCGAGUGCUCCCACACGUUCCACUUCCACUGCAUCUCCGCGAGCGUCGCGCACGGCCGCCUCGUCUGCCCGCUCUGCAACGCGCAGUGGCGCGAGCUGCCGUUCGUGCGGCCGUUGCCAUCACAGCCGUCGGCGAUGCCACCGACGCUACCGCGGCAGCCAUUUCCCCGCAUGGAGGCCAUGCACGGAUUUCAGCCACCGCCGCUCCGGCCCGCGGAUCCGGAGGUGUUCGACGACGACGACCAGGUGGAUCCGCCUUCCGGCCACGACGGCCAGCGGCGCGAAGCAGCCGCUGUAUCCAGCGGACCUUUGGUCGUCAGGACGCACGCUGAGUACUCGGCUGUCGCCAGGGACUCGUCUCACGACAACUUCGCCGUCCUCGUGCACGUCAAGGCUCCGGGGAUCGUCGACAGCGAGGCGGCCGCCGGCGACGCGCCACGCGCGCCUCUCGACCUCGUGACGGUGCUCGAUGUGAGCGGAAGCAUGCGCUGCCGGGACAAGCUUGCCCUGGUGAAGCAGGCCAUGGGGUUCGUCAUCGACAACCUCGGUCCCGACGACCGCCUCAGCGUGGUGUCCUUCUCCUCCGGGGCGCGCCGCGUGACCAGGCUCCUGCGCAUGUCGGGCAUCGGGAAGGGUGUCGCCUCGGAGGCCGUGGAGUCCCUCACAGCGGGCGGCGGCACCAACAUCGCCGAGGGGCUCCGGACGGCCGCCAAGGUGCUCGGCGAGCGCCGGCACAGGAACGCCGUCUCCAGCGUCAUACUCCUCUCUGACGGCCAGGACAACUACACCGUGCGGCAAACGCGGGGCAGUGUACCCAACUACGAGGCGCUGGUGCCGCCGUUCUUCGUGCCAGCUGGCACCGGCGAUCGGUCGGCGCCUCCCAUCCACACGUUUGGCUUCGGCCACAACCACGACGCGGCUGCGAUGAACGUCAUCGCCGAGGCCACCGGCGGGACGUUCUCGUACAUCGAGAACGAGGGGGCCAUCCAGGACGCGUUCGCGCAGUGCAUCGGCGGGCUGCUCACCGUCGUGGUGCAGGAGGCGCGCAUUGCCAUCGCUUCCGGGCAUCCUGGAGUUCGCAUCACCUCGGUCAAGUCCGGGCGAUACGAGAGCCGCGUCGACGAGGAUGGCCGCUCCGCCUCGGUCGCCGUCGGCGAGCUCUACGCGGACGAGGAGCGGCGCUUCUUGCUGUUCUUGUCCGUUCCAACCGCGGAAGCAACGGACGGUAAGACCCCCCUGAUCACUGUUCGUUGCAGUUACCGAGAAGCGGCUGGUGGCGCGCACGUCGACGUGACGGCCGAGGACGCGGUGGUGGCGAGACCGGAGCACGCGGCGGACGCGGAACGGUCAGCGGAGGUGGAGCGGGAGCGCGUCCGUGUGGAGGCGAUCGAGGACAUGGCGGCGGCCCGGGCGGCGGCGGAGCGGGGCGCGCACCAGGAGGCGGUGGGGAUUCUCAGGAACCGGCGGCGAGCCUUGGCGCGGUCGCCCGCAGCACGAGGCGGCGACCCCACGAGCGCGGCGCUGGGGACCGAGCUGCGGUUCAUGUGCAAGCGCGUGGCGACCCGGGAGAGCUACAUGGAGUCGGGGCGCGCGUACGUGCUCGCCGGGCUGAGCUCGCACGAGCAGCAGCGCGCGACCUCGAGGCAGCUGCGACCCCUGCGGCAGCCCUUAGCGGGUAGCGACGGUGGCGGCGGGGAGGCGAUGAGCUCGGUGGCAGCCGCGUUCGCGCAGGCGCCUUCGGCGGUUGGUGCUGGCGAUAUGGAGACGGACUUGAUGGACUAUCUCGGUGGCGGUGGACCGGGCGGCGAGGCAGGGGCGUCCAGCGCGGCGGCGGGCGAAGGGGCAUCGGAGAACGAGGCGGAGGGGACGUCGUCGUACCUGACGCCGGCCAUGCGCGCCAUGCUGUUGCGGUCGCGGAGAGCGCGGGAGGCGUCGGCUGAUCAGCAGGAGCAGCAACCGAAAGGUGCAGAAGAAGCGAGCGGCUCUGAAUCAAAGGAACUGCCAGACCUUUAGAGGCAGGAAUAGAGAGGAACCGAUCGUGAGUUCUAUCGUGGUUGUACUAGUACUUCUAUCGUGCUGAUACUGAUAGUUUUCCUUCUGAACCAAAAUUGGUAAACCAGCUCUGAAUACCAGGGAUUGCUUGGCUU